AUGUCUGGGUUAAAUCCAUUCCGCCCUAGAAAGACAGAGAGUGAGUUCGACCCGCCGCUUCCGGCAUCUUGGGAUAGUCAACGCUCAGUGCUGACCGUUGUAGACCCCUCAAUUCAUCAUUCUUCACCCGCUACCUCGACCUCCGCAAAAUCAGCCUUUUCUACACCCCCAUCAUCUACUACGGCCUCUCAGCAUGCCCUCUUUCAGCCGAAUGGCCUUGCCGGAGCCCCGCCCACGUCCCACGUUCCGGACCUCGAUGACACGAUGUCCUCCGAUGAUCAAUCCGUAUCGGAUCCCUUUCAUCAGGGCAUACACAUGAGUGAGGAUGACAUGGAGGAUCGAGACGGAAGUAUAUCGUCUGCAACAUUUGACGUCUCCAAGUCUCGCGGCGGUGAUUAUCUCCAAGAAACCCUCCACAACACUGGUCCACGCACAGCUCCAUACCUUAGUCAACCAGCUCCGGCGAUCCCGACAACGCCAUCUAUAAGACAGACCGGGAGGGCAAGCAACGAAGAAUCCCUCCCCGAGAGUGAAAACUAUAAAGACUCUGGUAACAUAGCGUCUGGAAGCUCUAUCCAAUUGCUGGCCCAUCAUUCAGGUACUCGUGCCGCAAAGAAUUCCGCCACGGAUGUUUCUCGAAGCACUUCACGAACAGACGCAUCGAAACGAGCUAUAGUAGGAGACCAUAUGCCAGCAAUUGAUGCAGAGGCAAGACCUCUGGUCAGUCGUUCAGGCAAUAGGGAGAAGAUACCGCCGCCUCCGCCCAAGAGCCACCAUGGGAAGUUAAUCAACCCUAGCCCUGGCUCGACUCCCUCCUCUCCUCACCCCGCACCUUUCAAACCUACAAACCGCUUUUCAUUUCAUGGCCUCCCCCUGGAAUCGUCAUCGUCACCCAAACCAUCACAGCUAGGAGUGGAUUAUUUCACCGGAUCGGCUAGUAGCGAAGCCGAAAAGCCAAUUGAGCCUUUAAAGCGCAGCCAAUCUCAAUACAAGCGACCACCGACACCGCCGCUGAGUAGGCGACACAGCCAGAUGAGAAGGUCCAAGACCACCGUGUCCAAGCCAAAUCCUAGCAGGCUUUCUAUGCCGGCCGUCAAGAUGGAGGGCACUGAGUCCCCUCCGCCUAGUCCAAGCUCUUGGAGCUUGAACCCUUCGCGAACUCGGGAUACCAGACCAGGUUUUUCGUCUGAGGAGAACACCCGGAGACCUUCUAUACAGCACCAGAGCGCUAGUGUGGUGAUAUCCACGCCGGGCACAGAUACCUCGGCUCCAUCAUCUCAGUCCAACUCCCGGACGCCUUCCAUGAAACGAGCGUCGAUAGGCAACCCUUUGCCACCACCUCCGCCUCCACGACGCACACGAGGAUCCAGCAGUCAGAGUAAUGAUAGCACCCGACCGACAAGUCUCCAUUCAGAGAAGCGGCCGGAAGUGCACGAAGAAUAUAUUCCUCAUCCGUCCAAUGCCAAUGAUAUCUUGGCUGAUCUAUCGCGUCUACAGAAGGAGGUGGAUGACCUACGGGUUCAUUACGAGACCCGUAAGCCUAGCCAUUAA